AUGGAGUGCGAGAUAUCCCGCAACGAACCCAAUGAGCUUCCAUCGCUCAAUGAUCAAGCCGUCCUCAAUGCAACCACCAAGGAGAUCCCACCUCAGACUCUUACUCUGCUGAGCCUGGGACCGAAGUUCUCUAUACCCUAUUCAGACGUCUCCGAGCUUCCCCUAUUUCAUGUAUUGACAGGGAUAGAAGCAAUAAUAAAACAAAACCCGGACAAGCAAACUCGGGACAACAACCGUUGUCAGAUUGUCAAUCGAAUACAGAACUUCCUCAAUCGAUCCAGCAUUCCAUCGAACAACAAUUCGACAUCCAGAUUUUGCAGCUCAGCCGUUAGGACUACACGGCGUUUCCUUGCAGACAAUCCAGACAUCUGCAUUGUUCGGUCCGACAAAGGGAACAAAACGGUCAUUAUGGAGCUCGAUGACUACGACCGGAAAAUAAAGCAGCUGGUGGAUGAUGAGAACACCUACGAAAAGUUGAAUAGGGAUCCAACUGGCAGCAUCGAAUCCAAGAACAAUCAAUUCGUCAAGAGGCUGAUGGAUCUAAAGCUCAUCGAUGCACAACAGGCAUACCGGUUCAAAAGUAAUACGGCUAUUUGUCCCCGUAUUUACGGUUUACCGAAGGCGCAUAAGCCGGAGCUUUCUCUGCGACCAGUAGUGCCGAACAUAACAAGCCCAACUUAUCAACUCUCCAAAUAUGUUAGCAACAUCAUCCAGGCAGCCACCAACUGUGAGUACAACAUUCGUGACUCAUUCACGUUUGCAGCUGAAAUCAAGCACUUGAAGGUUCCUGAAGAUCACGUCAUAGUCUCGUUCGACGUGAUUUCUCUCUUUACAAACGUCCCGAAAGAACUGAUUCUCCGGGCCAUUAGAGAAGAUUGGGACCGUAUCAAGGAACACACACAGAUCAAUAUGUAUCUCUUCCUUGAAAUCGUGAAUUUCUGUUUGGACAACAGUUAUUUUAUGUUUCGUUCCCAAAUAUACUCGCAAAAAUUCGGCACAGCUACUAUGGGAAGCCCGCUAUCGCCAAUACUGGCAGAUAUAGUGCUUAACAAACUGAUAACAACAGUCGUACAGAGCCUAGAUUUCGUAAUACUGUUCCUUAAGAAAUACGUGGAUGACUUUUUCAUCGUUCUACCCAGAGACAAAGUCCAAGCCACACUAGAAGCAUUCAACAACUACAACGAACGCCUACAAUUUACCGUGGAGGAAGAAAACAACGGCCGCCUCCCUUUCCUCGACAUACUGCAAAAGGUCAACGUCGUCGCCAACUUCAUAAAACGUGUAAUAGGGUUAACAUCCACCCCCAACGUAGACCAAAUCAAACGAGUAGUACACGCACAGCUUCGACGCAACAACUAUCCCCCGUCAUUGAUAAAUCGAUUACUCUAUCGAUCUUUCGGUUCGAACAGUCUAACUCGAGUUGAGCCUGAAAUAGAAGACCACAUUGGCAUUGAUUGCUACGUAGCGCUUCCGUACAUUCCGCAGCUGAGUGAAUCAAUCGCCAAAUGCCUGAAAAAAGACUAUCCUCGUAUCAAAAUUGCCAAUCAGAAUGCUAAGACUGCCAAGACUGUUUACACUAAAGUUAAAGAUCCAGUCGAAUCAAUGCUACAACACAAUGUGAUCUAUAACAUCCCCUGCCAGAACUGUGAUAGAUGUUAUAUAGGCAUGACGUCCAAUAAACUGAAAACCAGACUCAGUGGACACAAGUCGAAUAUAAACAAGCUCAACAGACUAUUGGAACAAGGAUACACAAACAAUGAUGGAGCAGUGGUUAAUAUUAGUAACAAAACAGCAUUGGUAGAUCACUGUAUAAAAUACAAACACCAAUUUGGAUUGGAUCAAACCAAGAUUAUCGAUCGUUCGCUUGCAGCAUCUCGUCUUCCAAUGCUAGAAUGCCUCCACAUCCAGAACACACCAUCAACAGUCAACUACAGGACCGACACAGAAGGAAUAAGUGCAAUAUACACCGGUUUACUCCAAACGAUAGCAACAACAUCCAGAAGCAGAAUCAAAACAAACACCCCACCACCCUCAACGUCAACCCCUCCAAUAGCCCGGAUCAACCAACAACAAUCCACUACAAGCCCACAAUAG